AUGAACCCCGCCCAGCAGCAGGAUUCGGAACAGUUGCACAGCCUCGCGGACCUCACAGAGCAACACCUGAACUUUGUGGAGCACGUUCUGCAGCGGUACCGCAUACCGUUGAAUCUGUCUUUUUCCGAGUUGCGCACCUGCCAAACCGACGCCAGCUUGUGCGAGCACAGUUUGUUCCUGCUUUUCCGCGCCCUCACCUCCGAAUACCGCGACGCGCAGUUCUGGGGGUCCGUUUCUGCAUUGUACUGGG